ACGCGCUGCCACAGAGGCAUUGCAGACAGCGCGUUUGGGAGGUGUAGUGGAAGAAAGGCAAGAGAGAAACGGAGUAAAUGAGAGCACUUUUGUCCAGAUUGUUGAAGGACUUAUCUACGUAAAAUACCGCCGAAACAGCUCACUAUAAUGAGACGGACACGUUAUUGAAAGCCCCAUCCAGGUAAACGUCCGCGUUUCCUUCGCAAACUACAAGAGAUCGACAGCUAAGACAGGGUAACAGCACUGACCCGGCAGCUGUACAGCCUGGGCUCCAGCACAGGGCAGUGAAGAAAUCCUGGAAAUCAAAGCUGUGCCUCUGUCAGCGGGAAUCCUGGAUCCUCAACUCUGCCCACCAACAUGACCAAUGUGGUGAUCGUCAAGGAGGGGUGGCUUCAUAAAAGAGGGGAAUAUAUCAAGACCUGGAGGCCGAGGUAUUUUCUCCUCAAGAGCGAUGGUACGUUCAUUGGCUACAAAGAGAGACCACAAGAUGUUGACCAGCUGGAAACCCCCUUAAAUAACUUCUCUGUAGCACAAUGCCAGCUGAUGAAGACAGAACGGCCCAAGCCCAACACAUUUAUCAUCCGCUGCCUGCAGUGGACCACUGUCAUCGAGCGUACCUUCCAUGUGGAGACCCCUGAGGAGAGGGAAGAAUGGACUAAAGCCAUCCAGGCAGUGGCUGAGGGCCUGCAGAAGCAAGAGGAGGAGAUGAUGGACUCCUCUCCAGACCCCAUGGACAUGGAGGUCUACUUGACCAAACCCAGACACAAAGUGACUAUGCAUGACUUUGAAUACCUCAAACUCCUGGGAAAAGGCACUUUUGGCAAAGUUAUCUUAGUAAAGGAGAAGGCCACAGGACGCUACUACGCUAUGAAGAUCCUGAAAAAGGAGGUGAUCGUAGCUAAAGAUGAAGUGGCACAUACACUCACUGAAAACAGAGUCCUCCAGAAUUCAAAGCAUCCGUUCUUGACAGGCUUGAAAUACUCAUUUCAGACACAUGAUCGAUUGUGCUUUGUGAUGGAGUAUGCAAAUGGUGGAGAGCUUUUCUUUCAUCUGUCAAGAGACCGAGUAUUCUCAGAGGAGCGAGCACGGUUCUAUGGUGCAGAAAUAGUGUCAGCAUUGGACUACCUGCAUUCAGAGAGGAACGUAGUCUAUCGAGAUCUAAAGCUGGAAAACCUUAUGCUGGACAAAGAUGGACACAUAAAGAUCACAGAUUUUGGCUUAUGUAAGGAGGGCAUCAAAGAUGGCGCCACCAUGAAAACUUUUUGUGGGACACCAGAAUACCUAGCACCUGAGGUGUUAGAAGACAACGAUUAUGGCCGGGCUGUCGACUGGUGGGGUCUGGGAGUUGUAAUGUAUGAGAUGAUGUGUGGAAGACUGCCUUUCUACAACCAAGAUCACGAGAAACUGUUUGAGCUUAUUCUCAUGGAGGACAUCCGCUUCCCUCGAACUCUGGGCCCGGAGGCACGUUCUCUCCUCUCUGGCCUUCUCAAGAAAGACCCCAUGCAGAGGUUAGGUGGGGGACCUGAAGAUGCUAAGGAAAUUAUGCAACAUAAAUUCUUUGCUGGAAUUGAAUGGCAAGAUGUAUAUGAAAAAAAGCUGGUCCCACCAUUUAAGCCCCAAGUUACCUCGGAGACAGACACGCGAUAUUUUGACGAGGAGUUUACGGCGCAGACCAUCACAAUUACCCCACCAGGGCAAGAUGACUGUAUGGAAUCCUUUGACAGCGAGCGAAGACCACAUUUCCCACAUUUCUCCUACUCCGCCAGUGGGACGGCCUAAAGCACCUCUAGUACAUUCCUUUUGUCCCACCUCCCCUCUCUCCACUGUACUCUCAAAAGACUGGGACCACGGGCCUGUCCUCCUCCCAGCAUUGUCUGCAGAUGUCGCUGCUGGAUGUCUGCAUGUUGCGUUUCGCAGGAAGGAGGCAAUGCAAGACAUAACAAAGAUAACUGUGGUCUCUCUGUGUGACUCAAGACUGAGCACAGGGGCUUAACACUAGCUUCCAUUCCCACUUGUUAUGCUGUAUCCUGAGCAGGUAUCCAUACAUUAUAAUGAAUGUGAUCGUUUCCAAUGAAAGAUUAAAGGUAAGAAGUAUGGGUUAAGGCCCCACAUUUCAGACAGAAGGACUACAGAACAAGAGGUCAAUUGUGGACGAAACAUUUUGAAGUGUCUGAGUGGGUGACAUUUUUCUUUUUUGAACAAGUACCAUUGAGUCUUUGAGACUUCUAAAGUGAAUGUAUCAUAUCAAAAAUAAAGUAAUUGAUUCUGCAUACUUACUUUUUGUAAUAAUGGCUGAUUCUCCUAAAACGGAAAACACCAUCUUCAAGAGAUGUUUCGAUGCUUUUAAAAUGAGCCUACCAAUAUCGGUUCAUACCAAUAUUUUAUACACAUCUAACCAACAGUGUGUGAUAACUUCAGAAAUGAUGAUGGGAUGCAACGAAUGCAGCAGUUGUGAUUACACGUCUGAAAGCCCCUCGUCCCUAGAAGGCUUCCUUGAUUGCUUUAUUAAGUGCUUACAUUUCUUGAUGCCUUGUUCCCUCAGUGCUGCCUGUGACCAGAGCCUGGUUGACUGUCUGACCAGUGUCUUUUCAAUAGUCUUUCAGAGCCCUCUGGGAUGUUCUUCCAUCUAGUAUUGGGGGUUUCCACCCAGUGCAUUUACUGCAGCCUCAGUGAGGUCACUUUAAACACACAUCAAGGAAUACAUUGAAAACUGUCUUUCAGUAUGUGGAGAAACAAAGAUGCAUCUUUGAUUUACUUUUUAUGGACUCCAUGUCCUUUUCUGAGCUCCUGUGUUAUUUAUGAGACCAGCAUCAACUAAAUGAGUUUACUGUGCCAAUGAUAUGCACUUUACUGCCCCAUGGUGAUUGUAUUUGGACUAUUUUGCAUGUCACGGUUGACUAAAUUAGCUUGUUUUAUAAUGUAAAUGUUAUGUUGUAUACGAUUAAUGAUUCCCCUUUUUAAAGUUGGCUAAGGCUAAAUUAAGGCUUCUGGGAAGUAAAACUAAUAUUUUAGUGUAUCAUUCUAAGAGGUUUUUAAAACCUCAGUGUUUUAAAGAUGAAAGAUAAUCGAUUUGAAAAGUGCAUUGUCACGUUAUUGAAUGUAAUGGUUUUAUAUUUUUAUUUUUGUUUGCAAGCUGUUUUUUUUUUUUUUUUUUUUUUUUUACCUGAUUGUUACUUAUUCCUAUGCACACCCACUCUUUGCUGUCUCUUUCUGAUAAUAGGGAAAUUCAUUUUAUACUUAUUUUUAUUCCAACUUUUUGUACCUACCCUGUCAUAUUUCAGAGUAUGAGGACACCAGCUUUAGUAAACAAAUAAUAUAAACUUUGUACACUGUUUCUUUCUUAAAAAUAAAGUGUCUUAACAAUA